UGGAUGAGGAAAAAAUCAGAGUUUGAGAACAAACUGCUACAGAAGAGCAAAGAGCUCACUCAGAAACUGAAGGAUAAGGCCAAAGAUGAAGAAGAGCUCCAACGACAGUUCGGCUCUGUUUGGAGCAGCUGGGUUGCUGAAUUAACAGCAGAUACAAAACCUGUUAAAGAAAUUAACUUGAAAAAAGAUCAGUUAAUUAUCCUUCAAGAACUUCGUUUUGGGCCAAGUCUCAUAGAUGAAUGUAAAAGAAGUGGCAGAUACAAGAAAAUAUCAGAGGUUGGUGAUUAUUCUGUUUAUAUGAUGACAAGUAGUAAUCAGUUGAUUAGUUUUAUACAAAAACAUAUUUCAAGUGGUUUCUCCCAGGAAGAACAACAGAUCAGAUUGCUCAUUGUCCAAGCUGAAAAAGACUCACUUGAUGCAAUCAAAAGUAAACCUGUAGCUGCAACAGGCUACACACCAACAUAUUUGCAUGAAAUAGCAAAUCAUAUGACAGAAAAUGUUCAGAAGUUUAUGUCAUGGAGGAAAUACACCUUGAGGAAGGAGUUUAGAGUUGAUCUCUUGCUGUAUGUGUUCUGCAGGGCAGAAAGUUGGCUUCUAGAGUCGCACAAGAAAUUUAAAAUGAGCAAUGAUCCAAUCACUUAUUUGGGAAGCAAGAAAACACAAUAUUACACAGUUUUUAGAAGCUUUUGUAAAGAAAACUCAUCUGUUGUUGUGCUUGGAGAACUGGUCUGUGAAAAGUUGAAAGCUUCCAGUAUUGAGGCUGUUUAUAAAAAGACUGCCAUUGAUCUCGCUGGAAGGAUGAGGUGUAAUCUCCCAGCAUUCAGUGGGAACAGACUGAACUUGGAGAAACAUGUGUUGAAGUCACUCGCUGAGAAAGAAAACUUUGAUGAUGUCAUCCUGUACAUCACAAAUCCAAGGAGACAAACAGAAGCUUACAUCAAAGCAGAGGUUGAGAAGUACAUCUUCAGAGAUCACAAAGAUGAAGCUGUGAAUAUACUCAAGAAAAAUGUUGAUGACAUCAAAACAACUGAAGAGAUAGAAAAAGGAUUUAAAUCCAUCACUGAGAAGAUGAGCAGCCUGUCACCGUAUAAGCUGAAGGAAUCCAGGCAGAAGCCUGAAGAAAUCCUCAUAGAUCAGCUUUGUAACUGCUGCUGG